AUGGUCUUCGGCCUCCAAAGCAGACGCAUACAGGCAUGCCUAUUGGAGACUAAAGAUUUGACGUUCAAAAAAGCACUGGAGGUAGCUACAGCCAUGGAGCUCACGGAUAAGGAUGUGACCCAACUUCAAUCGGGGACUGCAGCGGUGGACUACGUAAACUCUAAAGUAGCGACCACUCCGAAGAAAGGGAAAACAACGGGGAAUAAGAAACCAUCGAACGCGAAAUACAAACGUCCGAAUUCGAAUUCCAAAACUAGCAAUAAUAAUACUGUUUGUUUCAGAUGCGGCGGCAAUCACUUAGCACCUAAGUGUACUCGUACAUUAAGUAAGAAUGUAGACUGUAGACAUUGCGGCAUAAAGGGCCACCUGCAAAAAGUUUGCAUGAAAAAGGAAAAGGAGCAAACUAACCAAUUAGACGAAAUCUUACAAAUCCAGGGUGAACAAACCAAGUACAGAGAAAAGUUUUACACUAUGCUAUGGAUAAAUAAUAGAAAGGUGAGUUUCGAAGUAGAUAGCGGAGCCGCGGUCACAGUUGUCAGUCAGGACUUCCUCCAAUCGCUGUUGCCAAACAUACAACUUAUGAAAUCAGAUUUACAAUUAGUCACAUAUUGCAAAACAGUAAUUACAGUUAUCGGUUACGCGCGGGUAAAUGUUCGAUACAGACAAGUGACAAAGACGUUGAACAUAUACGUUUCAAAAACACGUAAAGAACCGUUAAUGGGCCGGGAAUGGAUACGACAACUUAAUGUCCAAUUAUUAGAUUCUCUGCUUGCAUUGUCACUAAGUACAGAAAGAGAAUUACAAACAAUCCUACAAAAAUACGAAGCAGCUUUAGAUCCGACGUCUGCCAAGAUACGGGAGAUACAGGCCAGACUCACAUUAAAGAAGAAUACAUCUCCUAUUUUUCUAAAAUCACGAAAAAUGCCAUUUAAUUUGAUGCCUUUAGUUGAUAAGGAAAUCGAUAAAUUGAUUACAACGGGCACAUUAGAAAAAGUUAAUACAUCAACUUGGGCAACCCCAGUGGUGCCAGUACUAAAAAGAAAUAACACAAUACGGUUAUGCGGUGAUUUUAGUGUCACGUUGAACAAACAUUUAGUUGUCGAUGAGCACCCCCUGCCCACUAUCGAUGAACUAUUUAGUACGUUAGCGGGAGGUGAAAAAUUUUCAAAAAUUGAUUUGAAGCAAGCAUACUUACAGAUGGAAAUACAUCCAUCAGAUAGGGAAAUGCUAACUUUUAGCACCCAUAGGGGAUUAUACAAAAAUGACAUAAGAAUUACAGGGCCUAACGAUAGGGUACAUCUUCAACGACUUGAGGAGGUUCUGACACGGUUAGGCAAAUACAAUAUUAAAAUAAAUAGCGAGGAGAGCGAAUUCAUGAAAGACGGCAUACAUUAUUGUGGAUACUACAUUAACAAAAACACUUGUGAAACAGCAUUUAUAGCAGCAAAGAAAGCAUUUACUAAUAACGAGAUCUUAGCGCAUUACAACUCAAAACUAUCCCUAAUAGUGGCUUGUGACGCUAGUUCGUACGGCGUAGGAGCAGUGCUGUCGCAACAAUAUCUGGAGGGGAACGAAAGAGUAAUUCAAUACGCCUCGCAGUCUUUAUCACAGACACAAAGGAAAUACGCACAAGUAGACAAAGAAGCAUACGCGAUUAUAUUUGCAAUAAAAAAGUUCCAUCAAUACCUUUACGGGAGUAAGUUCACCCUGUAUACAGAUCAUCGACCCCUAACACAAAUUUUCGCCCCCGAGAAGGGAUUACCGGCACACAGCGCAAUGCGCAUGCAACACUACGCGAUUUUUUUACAAGGUUUCAAAUACGAUAUCAAGUACAAAGAUAUGAAAUCGCAUGCGAACGCGGAUGCUCUGUCGCGGCUGCCGAUGAAACCGGAAGAUACAUACACUCGCGACGUGGUGGACGAUUACGAAAUAAAGAUGAUCGAGUUGUUACCAAUUACAUUUAAAGAUUUAAUGUUAGAAACCGCGAGGGAUAUUGGAUUACGAAACCUAUUACAAGGUUUACAACAUAGCACUACAUUAAAGGCAGAAGAUAGGUUCAAUAUACCACAAACAGAAUUUAGUUGUCAACAAGGAGUUAUCUUGCGCGACAAACGCGUAGUUAUACCUAAGAAAUUACGAAGCGCUAUACUACGAGAAUUACAUAGCGAUCACCCUGGAAUAGUAAAAAUCAAGUCAAUUGCCCGAAGAUAUUGCUGGUGGCCCGGUAUAGAUCACGAUUUAGAAACGGUUGUGAGGAAUUGCGCAAGUUGCAACGCAGUACGUAAGGAACCAACGAAAGUUGAAGGACAAAGCUGGGAGGAAGCCGAACGGCCGUUCCAGCGUGUACACAUAGAUUUCGCGGGACCUUUCAAAGGUCAGUACUUUUUCGUUCUUGUCGACGCGUUUUCUAAGUGGCCAGAAGUACAUGUAACUAAAGAUAUGACCACGCAAUCAGUAAUCCAAAAGUGUAAGCAAAUCUUUGCAACUUUUGGAAUACCCGAGAUAAUAGUCUCCUAUAAUGGACGACACUUCAAAUCAUACGAAUUUGCGCAAUUCUUAAAGAGAAACGGUAUUAUACAUAAGACUUCGGCACCUUUUCACCCAGCGACGAAUGGACAAGCCGAAAGAUUUAUACAGACGUUUAAAUUAGCGUUAAAGAAACAAUUCCAGGAUACGUUGCCAACUAGGCGAGAGCUAAUAGAAGCUCUACGGCGAUUCUUAUUACACUACUGUAGAAUACGGGGCGCAGGCGCACCGCGCCGUAUAGCUGACCGCGCUGCCUGCUGUUCGCGAGCAGCGACAAAGCGCUACGACUGCGCACACGCAAAAAAAAGAUUAGCCAAAGGAGCUAAAAUUUAG